AUGUCAAAAAUCAAAGUCCUGCGUGUUGUGUUCCCCCACGCCUUUACUCAACCUCCCAGCUCCUUUCCUUACCCUUCCUUGCUCCCCCAUCCAUUCCUUAACCCCCCCCUUGGCAUCCAUUCUUUAACCCCCUCCUUCCCUCCCUCCCCACCAGGUGACAAGGCCUUCGCGCAGUUCCUGACGGAUGAGAUCAAGGAGGAGAAGAAAAUCCAGAAACACAAAUCCCUGCCCAAGGUGUCCGGGGGGUGGGAGCUGGAAGUCCAUGGCACAGAGGCCAAGCUGGUGCGGAAGAUCGCGGGGGAGAAGAUAACGGUCACAUUCAACAUCAAUAACAGCAUUCCACCCUCGGUUGAUGAUGACGAACCACAAGAAGGGCAGAAACCUGAUGAGCAGGAGCCUGAACUUACAUCGACUCCAAACUUCGUUGUGGAAGUAAUAAAAGAUGACACAAAACAGACGCUUGUCCUUGACUGCCAUUAUCCUGAAGACGAGGUUGGCCAUGAGGGAGAGGAAGAAAGUGAUAUUUUCACGAUUCGGGAGGUGAGUUUUCAGCCCACCGGAGAGUCGGAUUGGAAGGACACCAACUACACCCUCAACACGGAUUCCCUCGACUGGGCUCUGUACGACCACUUAAUGGAUUUCCUGGCCGAUCGAGGAGUGGACAACACCUUUGCUGAUGAGUUAAUAGAGCUCAGCACCGCGCUGGAGCACCAGGAGUACAUCAAAUUCCUCGAAGACCUUAAAAGCUUUGUCAAAUGUCAGUAGGUCAGGGCAGGAAGUGUAUCUCCAAGUGGUGGGUGUCACCCCGCGCUGCUCCAGGCAGCAAUACCCAAAUGUAUCUUCACAACAGACACGGAGAGUAAGUAACUUUGAGUUUGGAAACCAGCAUCAUGGAAAAAGGAGGAUUCUUGCUUGUAUUUGAGGAUUUGUAUUUAUGUUGUGGCCCAGAUCAAGGUCUCUAACGUUACGGUCCCGGAAUCGGCCUCACCCUACAUGGUGGGUUUUGUACAAUUAAGAAUGAAUGUGAAGAAUAAAAUCUGCUCAACAUAUCACUGAAAA